CACCUCAAAGUACACAAUGGAUGAGACAAUGGUUUCUAUAUGCAGCAUUUCAGGGAAGUGAGGCAGUCACAUGUAUAGGCUGGCGUACUGUAUAGUCUGCACCCCCGACAUCAGGAUCCUUUACUAUAUGAGAUACAUCACCAUCAUCAUGCCAGGUUAUCUUCUCUGUCUUCUGCUGAGUUGUGUCACAGUCGCAGGGUGCUUUGAGCUCACAUUCACCCAGACAACAGAAGUUACAGAGAACAUGACCAUAUACCCCUGGGGCACCGGACAGAUUGGUGGCAUUAUAACCCAUGCUUUCCGCAAUAACUCCAAAGAGAUAACCUUCACCCAGAGCUGGUCUAAAGGAAACCUGUCAGAGUUUGAGUGGGGCAUCUUCCAGAUGCGUCUGACCAACUAUUUUGAUUACUUCAAAAAACACAUCAUAGCGAAGGCACAAACUGCUGGAAUGAAAGGUCCGUUCAUAGUGCAAUGUCUCACUGGAUGUCCUGCAAACUCUGGAGAGUCACCGGACAUGUUUUACAAGCUGGCUUUUAAUGGCUAUAAUAUGGUGUAUCUAGAUGUCAAUCUGGGUAUUUGGGUGGCUGAAAAUCCUAAUGCCACCCAGUUAGAGUAUUCCCUAAAUGAAGAUCACGAUUCCACCAAGAGCAUCCAAUUUUUCCUAAAUGUUGUGUGCAAACCCCUGGCCAGCUCUCUUCUGUGGUCAGGAAAAGCAAUUCUGAAGAGGAAACUCCAGCCUGAAGUCUCCUUUUCCCGCCAUCAUAGAGACUCUGUGGAUGAACUGGUAUGUAUGGUAACUGGUUUCUACCCAGAAUCCAUCAAUGUGAGCUUGUGGAGAAACAGAAAGCACACAAUGGAUGGCACCAUAACUACAGGAACCCUUCCCAAUGGAGAUGGUACUUACCAAAUAGUGACACUGGUGGUUUUAGAUGAGGAAGAAGGGCCAGAUCUAUAUUGUAGAGUGGAACAUGACAGCCUCACAGAACCUCUGAUGAUUCAAUUAGAAAAUACUAAACCUCCAGUAGGCAUGAUUAUAGGUAUCCUAAUUGGGUUCAUUCUCUUCACUGCUUGCUUGUCUUGGUUGGUGGUCCGAUGUAAGCGUCACAGGAUGUACACAUCCAUCGCUGGGUCAACUGUAGACAGGAACAACCUGUGAAAGAAAGUGCUGUCUGGAGAACUGUCGUAAUGGAAAUUUUCUAAAUGGAUCUUAUGUCAAGAUUGUGCUUUCUUGCAGAAUCAAUCUGAAAGCUAAUAGACUUUUAUCCGUAUUUAUGCUACAACAUACCUUUGAUUCCAUCUGUCUUCCCCCUCUCCUACCAGACCUGCUGGGAAAAUGGGCCACAUCUAUGGUCUUGUAGCUUCUGGGCUCCACCAUUGCUGGCCACCUGAAAUUUAAGGAAUUAACGUCAAAUCAAUUACAUGUAGUUCUCUUCCCAUUUACUGUCUUCCUUGCCUAGCACUGCUGUGGUGCUUGAGCAAUGCAGAAAUCCCCUUAAACAAAUCUACCAUCCUACAGCCUCUCAAGGGUACGAUGCUCGUUCCAGGCCCCAUUGGUUCCCAUCAUAGGCCAAAAAAAAAAAAAA